AUGUUUUCUGACCAACCCAGAAAGUUUUAUGCAGUCAUUGUCAGUCAACAUGUAGGCAUACACCACACAAAGGGUUCUGCCCUUAGCUCACUUGGUGGUUUCACCUUUCCAUGCUGGAAAGAACUGCCAACAUUUUGGGAUGCACUAGCCUUCAUGAUUGUCAAUGGCAUCGAGGAGCUUCUAUUGGAUAUUCCUAUUCCAAAGUAUAAAGGUAGCCAUGUCCAUUUGAUUGCAGUAGACUUGUCAGAUUUGGAAUUGGGUGUGGACAACACUGUACUGACUAUGCUUCCUGUUGCAUCAAGCAUGAGUGAGGAUACUCCCACUCCUGGAAUUCCUAUUACAUCAACUGCAAAUGAGAAGAACAUGGUGUUCAUGACAGUUUUUUUUUUUUUUUCUUUUUUUUUUCUCACUUGUAGUGACCCAAGCAUAACAUGGGGGAGCAGUGUCACACCCUCCCCUAUCAUUUACACCCACAUGCACACCCUGCAUGGUGUCAUCAAGAGUCACUUCUAUCACUCAGAAUGGGUUUCCCCUCCUGCCACUGCUGCUGAUGUUCUGGGUGUCCAUGCAAUCAAGUAUUUGGAAACUCAUGGUUACAUUCAGACUGCCACUGCAACUAUUGUGGAGAUCUAUUGUACCUCACACAUGUCUGGUGUCCUCCUAACCAUUGGUACUCCAUUUCUUCGAAAAUAUGUGCUGCAUGUCCACAUGACUGCCAGAAAAAGUUUCAGCUUUUGGCCAUAUGGAAGCAUGAUUGUCCAGCUUUCCAUACAUCUGCAUGGAUGUCUGACCAGCAGUACAAAUGAACCCACUGGUAGCCCUGUCCCACCCUUCCAAUCCAACCCAUACAACAGACCACCCCCUGCCUCAGCUCUCAGACCUUUCGCCCAAGUGAUCCCCAGUAGUGGAAUCCCAGGGCCUUUGACAUCCUUUACAGUGGGCCUCCCUACCUUUGAGCCUGAACAUGCGCAGUAUUUUACUGGAUUUCCUGCAUCUGGUUACUCCUCUGGACUGCCCACUGAGGUCUCGAUUGUGCUAUCUCAGGAUUCAUUGACCCUGGUGGAUGACAGGCUUGGCUCCCUCACAUUGGUCACUCAGUCAGGUCUUAUGUCAGUGUAUUCUGACAACAGCAGACCACAAGUUCACCAGAAAGCCAGUGGCCCUCUGAACUGGUGUGAGUUCUCCAACAGAGAUCAAGACAUACUCAGUCAUGCAUGGCUACUGAUGAUAUAUGAGAUGGUCAUCAAGAUCAGCUGGCCUGUAAUGUCUCCAGGCAAGACUGCUUGGAGGCAAUGGAAAUCAAUGAUAUGUGAAAUCCUUUCACAAGCAUCGGUGAUUGUACCAGGAGGAACAAUGUUUUUUGUGAAUGAUGAUACAAGACUCUUAAUGGACAAGGCCAUUAUUCAGUGGAAAAACAACAUAUGUGCACAUAUCACCAAUGGAAGUGCUUUUACCUCUUUUUUCAUGCAUGAGCAUGACACAGAUGGGAAAAUUGUCCAUUGGUAUGGAAACCAACACCUCAAAGACUUCCACAUUAACUUCUGGUAUACCACUGGGCUGACUCCCAUGAAGGUCAGAGCUGCCAAGGAUAUACACACAACACCAUUGCAGAUGUAUGCCCUAACUGCUGUAGUGCAUGUUGGAGAAACAUUGCCAUAUGCUGCAUUCAUGGGCACCAAGUAUUCACCCAUAUACAAAGCAUACUACCACUCUCUGCUUGCAACUCAGAACCCUGCUAUCAGCAUGGUGAUUAAUCACCAUCUGCUGUGGCUUCAUCAACACAGAUUGUGA